GCGCGCAGUAUCACUUCGAAUGUUUUUCUCAAUAUUACUCGUACAUGUUUUAAGCAAUAUUACAUUAUUUUGAUACAUUGUUUCGGUAAACUAUUUAAACAUUAAGUAAUAAAAAUUGUGCUUUUGAAAGCAUUUUUUGCUUGCUGGACUUAAAGAUGGCUCAACUCCGCAAGCCGAAGCAGUAUGACUGGAAAGACAGUAAUCUGGCCCUGUUUGGGUCCGACUUGGACAAAGAUACAAAAAAGUCUGCAGCGGAAACGGAACCAGCCUGGAGAAUCGCUGGCCGUAAACCCGGGCUUCAGAUCUGGAGAAUUGUGAAUUUCAAAGUGACAACCUGGCCCGAAGAAGAUUACGGCAAGUUUUAUGACGGGGAUUCCUACAUUGUUCUGAACACAUAUAAAGACCAAGGUUCGGACAUCUUGAAGUACGACGUCCAUUUCUGGAUAGGGAAGUACAGCACCCAGGACGAGUAUGGUACGGCGGCAUACAAGACCGUGGAGCUGGACACGUACCUAGAUGACCGUCCCAUCCAGCACAGAGAAGUCCAGGGUCAUGAGUCCAAACUCUUCAAGUCGUACUUCAAAACCAUUGAGCUGUUGAGGGGCGGGGCUGACAGUGGCUUCAGGCACGUGGAGGCGGAGGCUUAUCAGUCGAGGUUGCUGCAUUUCCACGGAGACAAGCGACACGUGGAGAUAGCGGAGAUAUCCCGGAGCAAAGACCUCCUUGACUCGUCCGAUGUGUACAUUCUGGACCUUGGCAAGAAAAUAUACCAAUGGAACGGAAAACAAAGCAACAAAGACGAAAGAUACAUGGCCGCUGUGCAUGUGAACAAAAUCAAACAAGACAGAGGCAAGUGUACCUCGGAGACCUUGGACGAGGGAAUGUCUGCAUGUGGAGUGUUCUAUGGCAAACUGGACGAAAACGUGGACGACAUCGUCGACAGUGAGGAAGAAAAUCAAAACAUCACAAAGAGCGACACAAUCAAAAAGCUGUUCAGGUUGUCCGACGCUGAGGGGGAAAUGAAAUUCAACCUGGAAAAAGAGAACAACAUGGCCAAGAACGACCUUGACUCAAACGACGUGUUUAUUCUGGACACGUGCCAAGAUGUCUUUGUUUGGAUCGGCAACGGGUCCUCAAAAGAUGAGCGGAGGAACGCCAUGGUCUAUGCACACAAUUACCUGACAACCACGUGUCACCCUCUACUCCCGAUCACGUGCAUCAUGGAGGAAAACACGUGUCGUCAAUUUGAAGUGGCACUUACGGCUUAGUAAUGCGCACACAAAACCCAAGACUAGAACUCUUAAAGUGACACUCUUAUUCAAAAUCAAUACAUACACAUGUAUAACAAACACUAAUUUUCACUAAUAAACCUUAAACUUCUUAUUAAAUAAUGCAUUUAUGAAAAAUAAUAAUUACUGAGAACAAUAUUGUAACCGUGUAUUCAACAGCUGAAAGCGCAAAAAAACAUUAAAUGAUUGAUGUAUGCUAAAAGAUUUACUACGGUCUAUUAUAGUCUCAUGAGGUAGAAAUACUGUGUUUUAUGCUAAUUUCUUUCAAAUUAAACUAGGUGUCCUUCAUAAGAACCAUUGUUUUCGACAUACAUUUAUCCUUUUUCGAAUAUUAAAACAAUAUUAUUAAUUGUGGUAAAUCAGUCAGGGAGUAAAAGUGCACAAUACACAAUUAUUGAAUGAUGAUUUUACAAGUUGAAAAUAAGAAUACGAAAUAUGAUACAGGUCUCUUUUCGGGUUUACACGAUAAAAGCAAAAUCGAAGUUAUUUUAUAUCACAGUUAAUAGAACGGCUGUACGGUAUGAUUUCUAUGUGUACUGAACAUUUAUGUACUGUCUAUGUACUGCUUGUCUUAAGUAUAGGGCAUAGACCGGGUACCUGCUGACGGGUACAAUUUUAGAACCUGACCCCAAUAUAUCACAAAAAUACUCAAGUCAAAUCUCAAUCUGAACUCAAUUUACCACAUGAAAGUCUAGUGUAGUAAAACAAUCAUGUUUUUUUUAUUUUUUAUUUUCAAUAACGUAUUUCUAAAAAAAAUGUAUGCGUAUAUUAUUUAAAUAAAUCAGCACAUAAUAAAGUAGUUCACCAUUAAAAGUAAAGAACGGUGGUAUGAACAUUGUUGUUAACUUAACAAAUUUCUUAAAGUAACACUCUCAUAGAUUGACAGUUUUGACUCUUUUUUGACUCCGAAGCAGCUGACUUUUGUAUCAUUUUUGCCUUCAAUUCAGUCAUAUAAGAUAACUCACAAUAUAACAGAUUUCAAUUUAUUUGGAAACUGCCGAAAAAAAAUCAUUUUUCUUAAAGCUGCACUCUCACAGAUUAAACGUUUUGACAACUUUAUUAUUUUUUUGUCUUGGAACGAGUAAAUUUUUGCGUAAAUAUCUGCAAACCAGUGAUAAAAGACUGCUGACAAAAGAUCAGAUCGCAGUUUUUCAUAUUUCCGUCCCAAAACUGAUGUUUUAUGUAUUUUUCUUAAACCGUUAGUAAAGGUUUAAGCCAUAAAACAUUAAAUUUGGAAUGGAAAUAUGAAAAUCUGCGAUCUGAUCAUUUGUAAGCAGUCUUUCAUCAUUGGUUAGCAGAUAUUUACGCAAAAAAUGCUAAUAUGACAAAAAAAGUUGGAAAAACGGUAAAUCUGUGAGAGUGCAGCUUUUAAGUGUUAGUAACGCUUAAUUAUAACUAUGAAAUAUUAAUUUUCGAACGUAAAUAUGAAAAACUGCGAUCUGGGGCCGGAUUAAAAAAACAGCUUAGAUUGAACUUAAGUUUAAAAUUAGAAUCUAAGUGUUUUGAUUGGCCUGUAUAUUUAGCUGACCAAUAGGCUUAAAGGAAUCACUGAGGCGUGUCUAAGGAUAAUGAUAAGAUCUGUAUUGAAUCCCGCCCCUGAACUUUUGUCAGCAGUCUUAUAUCACUGGUUUAGAGGUAUUUAUGCAAAAAUCUUAGGCAACAAAAAUGUCAAAACGAUCAACAUGUGAGAGUGCAGCUUUAACAAUCGUCCAAAGGACGACUAUUUUUUUCAAAUUCUUCAAUUAUAUAUCGAUUUUUUUUCUAAUGGUACAUGGUCUUUUCUUGUUCUUUAUUUUUAAUUUACAUUCUGCGUUUGUUUUUAACAUACAGUCGAACCCCGUUCGCUCGAACUCACGGGGAAUGGCAAAGUACCUCGAGCCUCGGAAAAUUCGAGCCAAGCGGGAAUGCUUACCUUCAGUUUAAAGAAAUCCGUCGUUAACAUCCAGUUCGAGCUAACGAGGAAUUCGAGCAAAGCGAGUUUGAGCCAACGGGGGUCGACUGUACUUCUUAUUUGCUUUCUUCAAUGAAUUGAUGUGUAAGGAAAUUUUAUUUUGUGCUUGUAACUAUUCGGUAUAUUUGCCAUUUGACAGCCAUGGUAUUAGUAAAAAAUGCUUUAAUCAGAAUUAAAUUGGUUGCCUAUCCAUGUGUAUUUGUGUCGAUAAGGACUUCAAAAGCAACACGAUUUGCUUAAAUAUCAAAUGUAAAAUAUAUGAUGUAUUCAUCUUCAACAAUUAGGGUAAUCCAUUCAUCAUUACCAAAAUAAUGCAACUGGUAAAGUUUAUUUUUAUUGUUCCAAAUGUUCAGUUUGAUUUUUUUGAGUUUUCAUCGAUAGCUUUUUAAUAUAGACAAUAAUAUUUUUUUUUAUAUAAUUUAAGAAACGAAUUAAUAAAAUUGCUAUAUAAUCAUAAUAUUUUUUAUUACCUUUUUAUAAUUUAUAUCAUAUUAUUAUGGUAGCGUCAUUUUCGAAUAAUUUAGAAAUGUAAUAGAUGCAAAAAUGAAAUACUUUCAAAGAUCGCUAUGUCGAACUCUGUUAACUCGAUUUUCUGAUUAUUUCGAACUUUUUUUCGAUUUAUUUUCGGUUUAGUUUAAUCUUUUUGUUUAUCGGUUAUAUCGAAUGUCCGUUAUCUCGAAGUAUAUUCCGAGGUCCCAACGUCUUCGACACAGCGAGUUUUUUUUCUGUACAGGUUAAUCAAUAUAAAUUAAAACUGAAAAUAAUCUUGAUGUUAAUAUCUUAAUUGCACUAACCCAUCUUUGCGUUCUAAUGAUGAAUGGCUUACCUUAAAACGUGUUUUGUCAGGAUAAACUCCAAAAACAAGACGAGACUGUUCUUCAUGAGUGAAUAUAUUAUAUGUGUUUUAAUUUCAUUGUUUAUUUAAUAAACAAAACAAUCUCUGCA